GAGGAAUUCUCGAAACGGCCCCUGCUGCGUAAAGCGUCCCCCUUCUGAUAUUACUUCCAUGCGUUCUCAUUCACGAACUCCUCAGAGCUCGCGGCGGCACAGAAGAAUCUAGCGUUGAAGAAGCGGCGAGCAAUUUCACUCAAUUCCUCACUCACCGUCGAUUUUCCAUUCCUUUUUGAUCUUACAUUUCCAAUCGGACAUCCAAAGAGCAUAAGACAAAAUUAAUGGCAUCCAAGUUGACUCAGUUACAGUCCAAGGCCACUCAAGCAUCACGAUUUGUGUUAAAGAAUGGGUGUUCCUACUACAAGCAAUUGUUGGAGCAAAACAAGCAAUUUAUUCAGGAGCCAGCUACAGUGGAGAAAUGCAACGAGCUUUCUAAGCAAUUAUUAUACACUCGCCUUGCUAGUCUUCCAGGUCGGUAUGAGUCCUUCCAUAAGGAACUCGAUUGCGUAAAAAAUUUAUGGAAGAACAGACAAGAGCUGAAGGUGGAAGAUGCUGGUAUUGCUGCUCUAUUUGGGCUCGAAUGCUUUGCAUGGUUUUGUGCUGGUGAAAUUGUGGGAAGGGGAUUUACUUUCACAGGAUACUAUGUCUGAGGUUCUUCACUUGGUAAAACAAUGUCUUCAGUUCAUCCUUAAGCUUUGCUUUCCUGCAGUUGUUUGUACCAUUCGAAUAACUCGAAUUCUGCAUGAAAUUUUGUUGUUUUUUCUGCAAAAAUUUUUCUGAAGUUGAGUACUUGGGCGAGGAAAUCAGUUUACUUAAUAAUCCAUGUAUCCGAAGUAACUUGGAUGGAUAAUGAUGCUGUUACUCUGCCUGCUUCCUGUUUUGAAUCUUGAUAGAAAACUUUCAAUUGUGAGUUCAUACCCUCUCUUUAUUC